AUGGGAGUGAAGGUGAGGGAGAAGGCUGUUGGAGGUGGGAGUGUGAGGGGAAAGUGGUCGUGUGGUGUGCUGGGAAUUGGAGAAGAUGAUGCGCUAUGUGGCCAGGUUGAGGGAGACUUGGUGGAGAGGAACCAUUACCUAUUGAUGAGCCCAAUCUAUGGUAACAUGCAUGAUUAUGUUGAUGACUACAGCAGGGUUGUGUUGGUGGAGUAA